AACGAAGAUACGUUGCUAGAAUCUGCUCUCUUUUCUUUAUAUUCUACAACAUAGGUGACUUGCCAUUGUUCAAUUCAAAACAACUUCCUUGUAGUCCUCAGCUAUUACACAUUGCAGUCCCUUUGCCGUUACUCUAGAUUGAUAUUUCAUUGACCAUGGCUGACGCGGUAGUCCAAUUACGGUGCGGUGUCAAGAAUGACGACUGGGGGAAGAAGGGAAAACAGUCGAUGGCUGCUCAACUCUGGUCUCAAACGCCCGGAACUGAUGAAAUCGAUGAGUCGAAGCACUACUCCGAGAUGUGGAUGGGCACGUAUCCAUCGAAUCCGUCCUACUUAUUGUCCACGGGAGAACAGCUGGGUGAUUACAUCAAGAAGAACCCGCAACUGGUGGGCAAGUCGGUCCUGGACAGAUAUGGACCUGAAAUCCCAUUCUUGCCCAAAAUCCUCUCCUUCUCCAAAGCACUUCCCCUCCAGAUCCACCCCGACCUGAAGCUCGCGGAGAAAUUGCACAAGCAAGACCCUAAGAAAUACGGAGACUCCAACCACAAGCCCGAGAUUGCAGUUGCCCUCUCCAAAUUCGAGCUCUUCGCCGGGUGGAAACCACUCAAGGAUAUCCAAGCGCUCUUCAAGCUGAAACCCCUGGAGCAAUUCGUCCCCAAUAACUCAAGCACCUUCGACGAUGAGACUCUACGCAAAGCAUGCAUGUCUCUCCUCAGCGCCCCUCCCACCGAAGUUUCCGCCACUAUCAAAGAACUACAAAGCCUUCCAGAGUCCCAAUUCGGCGCAUAUUCAUAUAUCCCAGGCCUACUGGACCGUCUGAACAAGCAAUACACGGACAGGGAUAACGGCAACCUCGUCGCCGCCCUGUUAAUGAACUACAUCACCCUAGGCCCGGGAGACUCCGUCUUCGUCCCUGCAGAUAGUAUCCACGCCUACCUGGAAGGCGACAUUGUCGAAUGCAUGGCCCGAUCCGACAACGUAAUCAACACGGGCUUCUGCCCCAGAGCAGAGCGCGAUUCUGUCGAGUUGUUCGGGCAAGCGCUAACCUUCGUCCCGCACGAUACUCAGGGGGCGCUGUUACCCCGGCGCAAGAGUGAUAAGGGGUCGCAGGGCCGGACGGACGUGUAUGCGCCGCCGAUUAGUGAGUUUUCGGUGCUCGUUACGACGCUCGGGGCGGGAGAGAUGGAGACGCACAAGGCGAUUCUGGGCCCAAGUUUGUUGAUCGUUACUAAGGGGUGUGGGGAGAUGAAGAUUCCGGGCAAUAAGACGGUGGAGCUUAAGAAGGGGUAUGUUUUCUUUGUUGGCCAGGGGGUUGCGUUGGACUUUGGCACGGAGAAGGGGUUGGCGGUUUACCGCGCGUAUGCGGAGUAGGAGAAUGGGGUGUUUUGAAUUUACUGUUCUUGCCGUGGGUCAUGGAUGGGAGAGUCUGGAGUGAUAGAUGGCUUCAAGGUGGCGGGGACUGCCGUCUUGGGCUGAUUCUUGUUUUGGCUCGGGGCGUGUUGUACAUGGGUUAGAUUUAUCAAGUACUGGACAAUGACGGGUUGGAAGAAUUACAUAUUACAGCCUCA